AGAUCCUCCCCAGCUUGGAAAGCCUAUUUCAGACAGCAGCUCUUUUCCCAGGGAUGGGCCAACUGCAAUGGGAAGAGUCUCCUGCACGCUCCGAGUUCCCUUCCAAGCAACAUCAUUGGUUUGGACCUCUCCUUCAACUCCUUGGCUGGCUUUGCAACAGAAAAGCUGGCCCACCACGGCCUGACAUGCCUUUCAUGUGCCACAGCCACCACACCACCUACCGGGAAGGGGGGAAGGAACUGGCCAUAGCUGGUGGGUUUCCUUGUGGCAGCAAUUGGCAUCUCCAUCCUGAUCACACUGGCUGCUAAGUGCAAGCACUUCCACAAGAACUUCACCAGCUACCACCAUCGUCCGCUGACUGAAACCAGCUUGAUUGGAGGCAGCCCCAUGGAGGAUGGCAGUGGCUGGUACAGGGGCUCCUCAGGCCAGGGGGCCUGUGAGAGCCACCCUAUGCCCAGUGUUGCCAGCCUUCCAGCUGAGGAUGAUGACAGCUUCAUCGAGGACAACUACAUCCAGCCAAGUGAGCAGCUGCCAGAGGAAGAGGAGCGGCAGUUGCACCUCUCCAUCUGA